AUGAAGACUGCUGGUGUAUUAGGUGCUACUGGUUCCGUGGGCCAAAGAUUUAUCCUGCUGUUGGCUGACCACCCGGACUUUGAGCUGAAGGUGUUGGGUGCUUCUCCAAGGUCUGCCGGCAAGAAGUACGUCGAUGCUGUCAACUGGAAGCAGACUGACCUGCUGCCUGAGUCCGCCAAGGACAUCGUUGUCGUCGAGUGUAAAGCAGAGGAGUUCAAGGACUGUGACGUCGUCUUCUCCGGUCUAGACGCAGACUACGCUGGCCCUAUCGAGAAGGAGUUCAUGGAGGCUGGUCUUGCCGUCAUCUCCAACGCCAAGAACUACAGAAGAGAGGAAGACGUCCCACUGGUGGUCCCUAUCGUGAACCCAGAACACUUGGACAUCGUCGCACAAAAGAAGAAGCAGAACCCAAAGGCCGGUUUCAUCAUCUGUAUCUCUAACUGUUCCACCGCCGGUCUGGUCGCCCCACUAAAGCCUCUGGUUGAAAAGUACGGCCCAAUUGAUGCUUUGACCACUACCACUUUGCAAGCCAUCUCCGGUGCCGGUUUCUCCCCAGGUGUGCCAGGUAUCGACAUCCUAGACAACAUCAUCCCAUACAUCGGAGGUGAAGAAGACAAGAUGGAAUGGGAAACUAAGAAAAUCUUGGGUAAGUUGUCCCCAGACAAUUCCACCGUCGAACUGAUCUCCGAGGAUGAUCUAAAGGUCUCCGCUCAAUGUAACAGAGUCGCCGUUUCCGACGGUCACACCGAGUGCAUCUCCUUCAGAUUCAAGAACAGAAACGUCCCAUCCGUCGAAGAGUUGAAGAAGACCUUGUCUGACUACGUCUGUGACGCUUACAAGUUGGGCUGUCAUUCCGCCCCAAAGCAAACUAUCCACGUCCUAGAGCAAAACGACAGACCUCAACCAAGACUAGACAGAAACAGAGACAACGGUUACGGUGUCUCCGUCGGUAGAGUCAGAGCCGACCCAGUCCUGGACUUCAAGAUGGUCGUCCUGUCCCACAACACCAUCAUCGGUGCUGCCGGUUCAGGUAUCUUGAUCGCUGAAAUCCUGUUGGCUAAGAACUUGAUUUAA